CUGGGCAGUUGUCUGUACACUCAAAGAUAAAUCAACUUGAAGUUGAACGCUGAUCUUCACUAAAUAUUGUUAUUGCGCUCGCACCACAAAUUCAUGUCCCUACGACAACAGAUGCAGGUUGGCCUCCUUCACUUGACCCCAGUUCUCUCUGCCACAGCUUCGGUCACCUACGCGAUGUCAGAGUAUUUCACGCUUAUUCCGUGGCUCAGAAAAGACACUCCAUCUACUACGCUAUCUACAUGGUUUAACGACUGGUUUCGGCUCGGUCUUGUUAGCGUUUUAACGUUCGGAACAGUGUCUGUAGCAGGCGGUUAUGCAGGAUGGAAAGAUACGGUGGGAGGAGCAAGUGUUUUGUAUAUGUAUGGGACUUUUUUUGCGAUCGGCCACUUCGCGUUCGUACCUUGGAUUUCGCGGUGCAUCAAACGUUUGGUAUAUGGCCCGACUGAUGCCAAAGACGAAUUACGAUGGUGGUUAAAACUCCACACUGUUCGGAUGAUUACGAUGGAUAUUCCAGCUAUGUUGUGUUUCCUUGGGGGAUACUUGCAUACUAUGUAAAUCGUUUAAAUAUUGGGAAAUACUGCGCUAUCAGAUAUUAUAAAAAUAAUAAAUGUACAUCUGGUAUUAUUGCUUGCACGUUGUCACUCACGCUAUACUGUAUCGCUCGCUACUCAUUCCACAGUCAGAACUGGUCAGGGGUAAUAUGGGUAAAUAGUUACGGCGCUAGCCGUGCGGACUUUUUGAUUGGCACGUGAUACACGCGCUUGGUAAAUGGGUGUCGCGUUUUUU